AUGACUCAAGUUGAUCCAGAAUUAGAUAAAUCAAUGACAACAAUGAAUCAAUUACAAAAGCAAACUUUAUAUCAAAAUUUUGUAAAAAAUCAUUGCCUUCGUAUGCCACAUGAUGAUUUUCAAAGUUUAUCAUUUAUUCCUGAUCCCGAACCAUUAGAAAAUGAAUUUGAUAAUGUCUAUGGCCAGCUAAUUUCAGAAAAAUUUUGCCCAUCAGCAAUGAAUAAUCCUGUUAAUAAAGAUCUAAAUGAAAAAAACGAUUCAGCUUUAACAGAGAAUGAGGAAAUCCAACUUCAAACUACUCUUGACAGUUUAUGUUAUACGUGUGGAUCACAAUUGCUACCUGAAGAUCAUGAACUUUCAAAGUAUUUAAGUGUUAGAUUAAAUAUUACUUGUGAUUCUCCCAUUGAGUCUACAUAUUUUUCAUGCCGUAUUAAAAAAUUAGAUAUUUGUUAUUGGUGCGGAGAGUCAGAGGAUCUUGUAGAGCCUUCAGAUAAAUUAAAGGCUGAAUGGAAAACUAUAUACCCUUUAUGCGCAUUUUGUAAAGAAAAUGGGAAAACAUGGUAUAAAAGAGCACAAAAAAAAUAUAUUCAAUUAAGUAGUAAUGAUGUCGAAAAAAAUGCAAAUAGUGCUACAAGUAAAAAAAGAAAAGCAUAA